GAAAAUUGGUUUGAAACAAAAAAUGUCUGUACUGGAACAGUUGUCAAUGAAAAAUGAGUCUGAUCUUAAAGCUGAAAAAGAAAGGAAUGCAAGUGUGUUGAAAAAACUGUUUCAAUCAAUAUACUUUAUCAUCAGGAAGAAAUGGGCCCAAACAAAUUUUGAAGAUUUUGUGAGAUUUGUUGCAAGUUUAGGUGUAGAGGAUAUUGCCAGGCAUAUUGAAAUCGCACCACCACAGGCUACUUACCUAUCAGUUAAAACUGCCACAGAAUUAAUUGAAUUAAUAGGGGAGAACAUUGAGCAAAGCCUACUGGACUCUCUACGCAAAGCCCCAUUUUACAGUUUGCUAGCUGAUGAGAGCACCGACGAGGCCAACAAAACACAAUUAUCUGUGUUUUGCCGCUGGUACCAUGAAAGUCACUCCAAUUUCACAGACCACUUCAUGGGUUUGGUUGAAGUUCAAAAGACAGACAGUGCCACCCUGAUGGAUGUCCUCCACGGUUUUCUCAUAGCAAAAGGGAUACCCAUUGAAAAAUGUCGGUUUGUUGCCUUUGAUGGCACCAACUCGAUGAGUGGCAUUCGUACUGGUCUUCAAAGACGAUUUAGGAACUAUGCACCAAAGAGCCUGUACAUCAACUGUCGCUGUCAUCGCCUUGCCCUCUGCCUUAAACAUUUGAUGAAAACAUUUCCUUUACUUGUUGAGGUAGAUGAGGCUUUACUUGCGAUAUGGAAAUUGUUCAAGUACUCCCCGCAAAGGUUUGCUGUGCUGCAAGAUGUUCAAGUUGUAUAUGGCAUGGACAAGUUGAUGUUGAUCAGGGCUGCUACAACUAGGUGGUUGUCACAUGGCAAAGCAUGCGUAAGGUUUAUUGAGAGGUACGAGUCGGUGCUUGAUGCUCUGGACCAAAUAUACCAACAAAAACGUGAACCAGAGGUAUUUGGAUUGAGAUCUAUUCUUGUACAGAAAAAUGUUGUUGCCAUGAUCUGCGUGUUGAGUGAUGUGUUGAAACCACUGAACCAUCUCAGCCUCUACCUCCAGAAAACAGAUGUUGUACUGUGCAAUGUGGAAGAGAAAGUGAAAGCAACAGUAACUGACCUGGAAGUCAUUAAAGAGACUUAUCUUGAAUUUCAAGAGAACAAUCAGAUUGGGGAUCAGUUAUAUGUCAGUCGUCUUUCAGAGUUGCUUCUCAUCAUCAAUGAAAGAACUGAUCUGCAAAGGCGUCACAGAGGUCACCUUGAGAACCUUGACAUCAAAGCAUUUAUUAAAGAUGUUGCUGUUCCAUUUAUAGACAGUUUGAUUGGAGAAAUCAAUGAUGCUUUCUACAUGCACCCUGUGUUUGAUGCUUUUCGGAAGGCUCUGGAUCCUAGUAUGAUCGAAGCCAAUGCCAGUGCUGUUGAUCUUCAAAACCAUGGAAAGGAGGCAUUGACUGUACUUUGUGGACACUAUGGGGAACCUGGAGAGGACAUUUUCCAAGGUCAUGUGACAAGAUGUGAGAGGGAUCUUGAUCCAGAUGCAACUGAAGCUGAAUACUGUGCCUUCAAGCAUCAAAUCAAAAUCAUGAAAAGAAUGAAAGCCAGAAAUCCACAGCCUUCCAAUAGUAAUGAGGGUGACCAGGUUAACAAUCUGCUGUCAAUGUUUUUAAAAGUCUCUGGGGAUCCUGUACUCCAAGAAUCUUUUCCAAUGAUGUGCAAGCUUCUGUACCUGGUGAACAUUAUUCCAGCAUCAACGGCCUCAGUGGAGAGGAGCUUUAGCCAAAUGGCUUUGCUAAAAACCCCAAUGCGCAGCAGAUUGAGUUGCAAGUCAAUUAAUGCAAUAAUGCGCAUUAACAUAGAGGGAGCCAGUACCCUGACGGAAUAUGAGUUAGAACAACUUGUUCAAAACUUCAAACUUGCAAAAGAUCGGCACUUGUCCCUGUAA